UAUUAGUAAAUUUAUCAAAUUUUGUAUUUUUUAAUUUUUAAUUUUGAUAUGUUUUUAAAAUUAGAUUUUCAUUGUCAUAUAUUACCCGAAACAUGGCCCGACUUGGCUCAGAAAUUUGGUUACAAGGGUUGGGUGCAUAUGCAUCAUACAGAUGAUGGUAAAGCACUUAUGAUGAAAGAUGACGGAAUUGUUUUCAGACCCGUUGAUCAUAAAGUUUGGUCCACACGUGUGCGUCUCGYAGAUAUGCAACAGACUGGAGUUGCUGUACAAGUGUUGUCUACUGUUCCCGUAAUGUUUAGCUAUUGGGCCAAACCAAGUGAUACGGCUUACUUGAGUCGACUAUUAAACAAUCACUUGGCUUCAGUGGUGAGAAACAAUCCAUCGAGAUUUAUAGGUUUAGGUACAGUUCCUCUUCAAUCACCAGAAUUGGCCGUCGAAGAGAUGAAACGAUGCAAAUAUGAUUUAAAUCUAAACGGAAUUAUUAUUGGAAGUCAUGUGAAUGAGUUAGGUCUUGACGAUCCUUCAUUUGAUCCAAUUUGGAAAACUUCUGAAGAUUUAAAUCUUCCUAUAUUUCUACAUCCGUGGGAUAUGCAAAUGAGCAGACAUUUUGCCAAAUAUUGGUUGCCAUAUAUUGUGGGAAUGCCGGCCGAAACAUCAGCUGCUGUGUUGGCUAUGAUUUUUAGUGGUGUUUUGGAGCGAUUUCCGAGAUUGAAAAUAGCGUUAGCACACGGAUCGGGAAUGUUACCAUAUAUUAUAGGACGGGCAGAGCAUGGCUUUCAUGUAUAUCCAGCAGAUUUUAAAGAUAAUCCUUUCCCGCCAUCAAAAUAUUUAUCGAGAAUAUAUUGCGAUUCUUUAGUUCAUAAUGAAGAUGCACUCAAAUUGGCCAUCAAUUUAUUUGGAGAAGACCAAGUGUUUCUUGGAAGUGAUUAUCCAUUUUUGUUGGGUGAGCCMWCCCCUGGCCUUAUCAUAGAAAAAAGUCAAUUGAAUGAUGUGUUGAAACGGAAACUUUUGAGUGAAAAUGUUUGUAAAUUCCUCGACAUUGAUGUCAAUCAAUAUUCUGUUUGGAUUUGAAGCCAAAGUCUAUUUCUUUUCUCU